UUACUCGGUGGAUUUAUUCUAUCCAAAUCAAUGGAACGCAGUAGUGCACAUUUAAGGCUUGCACUAUUUAUGGUCAGUCUUUUUGGUAAUACCAGUAGCAAACAACUAGUGCUUGGUUUUAUGGUAACAGCAGCAACAUUAAGCAUGUGGAUUUCUAACACCGCGACUACCCUAAUGUUAUUACCGGUAGCACUAGCAGUUGCUAACCAAGCUAAAGACAAAGACUUAGCAGUACCAUUAAUGUUAAGCAUUGCUUUUGCUGCCAGUAUUGGUGGCAUUGGCACGCCCAUUGGAACACCACCUAAUCUUGUCUUCAUGCAAGUUUAUGAACAAACCUUUAAUAAAAACAUUGGUUUCACGCAAUGGAUGACCUGGGGAAUUCCUGUUGUCAUUUGCAUGAUACCGAUAACAUGGUUAUGGCUUACGCGAAAAUUAAGCUAUACCG